GCCAUGGGGGAUCAGGACUUACCUGGCGUGUUGGUGUCUGGAUUGGAGGGAUCUUAUGGUAUAUGUGAAGAUCAUGUUGGAGAUCUGCAGAAACACUUUAAUCUCAUUACCUUGCAAGAAUUUUUGGAAAAUAAAAUGCAAUUUGGCCCAAAGAUCCAAGCUGUAUAUAUCUGGGGAGGAAGGCCAGCUAUUGACCAGGAGCUCCUGGGGAGCCUGCCCUCCUUGAAGAUAAUUGCCAGCGCAGGAGUAGGUCUCGAUCACCUGGACCUGAAGCUCAUUGCCAGCUUUGGUGUGAAGGUAGCCAACACACCACAGGCCGUGUCCAGCCCCACGGCCGACAUGGGGAUGGCUUUACUGCUGGCGGCCGCUCGCAGGGUCGUGGAAGGUCAUAUGUUGGCCAGUGCACCAGAUACAGAGAAAUUUUCUACAAAUUGGAUGGGUCAAGAGGUGACGGGGGCCACUCUGGGACUCAUUGGCAUGGGCAGCAUUGGUUAUAAGAUUGCUCAGAGAGCCAAAGCAUUCGAAAUGAAGGUUCUGUAUCACAACAGGAGACGCAGGAAAUUAGAGGAGGAGGAAGCUGUUGGUGCCACUUACUGUGAGAGCCUGGAUGACCUGCUUCAGCGAUCAGACUUCGUGCUGUUGGCUGUGAGCCUGACACCCCAGACCCAGAGGCUGAUUGGGAAGAGGGAGCUGAGUCUGAUGAAGCCCACGGCCAUUCUCAUCAACAUCGGCAGAGGUCUGUUAGUCGAUCAGGACGCGCUGAUGGAGGCUCUUCAGACUGGGGUCAUCAAAGGGGCAGCGCUGGAUGUGACGUACCCGGAGCCCCUGCCCAGAGAUCAUCCUUUAUUGAAGUUGAGGAACAUCACUCUGACACCUCACAUUGGAAGUGCUACUCACCAAGCCAGACGACAGAUGAUGGAGAAUCUGGUGGAAAGCAUCCUGGCUUCUCUCAAUGGCCUUCCCAUUCCUAACGAAGUGCUACUUAAAUGAUCUUAUGUGGGCUCAUCAGUGCGAUGACAGAUUAAAUGGGAAAAAAAUCUUA